AUGUUUUCAAUAAGAUUUAUUCGUUCUUAUUCGACUAGAAAAACACGCGAGAUAAUAAAAUUUUACUACGAUUUUAAAUCACCAUACACUUAUUUAGCAUUAGAACCAGCAUUACAAUUAGAAAAAGACUAUCCUGUUCAAUUACGUUUUAUCCCAUGGGCUUUUCGAGCCGAAGAAACAUUUGGUGGAAAUCUUCAAGAACGAAAUAAACUCAAUUGGAAUAAAGUGCGAUAUUUGUAUUUGGACUGUCGACGAUUUGCUAAUGAACGCGGUAUGAUUAUUCGUGGGCCAGAACGUUUGUUUGAUUCUCGUCUUUCAUUGAUUGGCGGUUUAUAUGCGGAUAAAUAUGAAUUUUUACAUCCAUAUGCUUAUCGUACGUUUGAGUUAUUUUUCAAUCGUCAAUUAAAUCUUGAAAAUAUCGAUGAAAUUACGAAACUUCUCUAUGAAGCAUCUAACAAACAAAUGCCAUUUGAGAAAUUUGCACAAGACUUUCAAAAUUAUGCUAAUAAUCAAGGCCAACAAGAUUAUUUAAAUGCGCAAAAUGAAGCCGAUCAAGACCAAAUAUUUGGUGUACCUACGAUGGUUGUACGCGGUGAACCAUUUUGGGGCAAUGAUAGAAUUUCAUGGGUUAAAAAGAAAUUAGAUUCACUUAAAUUAUCACAUGACAUACAAUAG